GCGAUGACUGAGCCCAUCGUCUUCUACGACCUUCCUGGCAAGGACGACGCCCAUAAGGCGGUGUCUUCGAACACUUGGAAGACAAGGUUCGCUCUGAACAUCAAGGGUAUCCCAUACAAGACAGUCUGGGUCGAGCACCCCGACAUCCCGGCCCUCUCGCGCAAGAUCGGGGCUCCCCCAACUGGUCACAACGCCGAUGGAUCUCCGCAAUACACACUCCCCGCGAUCUCCGACCCGAACACCAAAACCGUGCUCGCCGACUCGGCCUUGAUCGUGCGCUACCUCGACAAGACGUACCCGGAUACCGCACGACUCAUCCCCGCCGGGACCGACGCGCUGCACGCCGCGUUCGACCACGCGUUCCAUUCCGUGCUGGAUGGCGACCUCCGGCCGCUCGUAGUUAACGAGUCGGCGAACGCGCUCCUUCCGCGCGGCGCGGCGCACUUCCGCGCUACGCGUGAGGCGUUCUUUGGCGGGCCGCUGCAGGAGAUCGCGCCUCCGGGCAGCGAGAAGCGCGCGAAGCACUGGGCCGGGGUGAAGAAGGCGUUCGGCACGUUCGCGCAGUGGUUCCAGGCAGACGGGGCCGACAAGCCCUUCCUCCUUGGUGACUCGAUCGGGUACGCGGACGUCACUCUCGCCGCUGUCCUGGUCUUCAUGCAAAUCGUUCUGGGAGAAGAUGGCAAGGAGUGGGCGGAUCUCAAGACUUGGGAUGAGGGUCGUUGGACGAGAUACGUGGAUGCGUUCAAGAAGUACGAGGGCGUGGAUGUCGGCGAAAUGGUUGUACUAUAGCUUCGCGCCGCCCAAAUUUGGUCUGUUCGGCCCAGUAGCAGAAAGGUAUGGGGCAACCAUAAUUCGUAUUCCCCG